CCGUGCUGGCCGGGCUGCCGCCGUGGCAGUCAGGUGUUCGCCGCCAGGCUCCCAGCAGCCUUACUAUGCGUCACUUCGCCUCUCUCAGUCCUUGAUCAUGGCGGAGCCGGAGCCACAGCGCGAAGUGGAGCCUCAACUUCUCAAYGGGGACGACUUGAACGACGAAGAAAGAGAGGACGCGGACGCCGGCGAAGCGGUGAAGAAAAAGAGAAGGAAGAAGAAGAGGAGCCGGACGAGCGGGCCAGUAUGUGACUUUGCAGCAGGGACAAACGAAGCCGAGGGAGACUCUGGAGAAGCCGGAGGUGUCGGCGAAGUGGCAGCGCAGCUGGAGCAGCAAACCUUGGAGGAGAAGGAGAGGCCCGAGGAUGCAGAGGAAGAUGGCGAUGAAGGGGAAAACUCAGCUGUCAAAAAGAAGAGGAAGAAGAAGAAGAAGAAAGGAGCGAAGGGACAGACUGACCCUCCCUCAGUACCUAUUUGUGAGCUCUAUCCCAACGGGGACUUUCCAAAGGGAGAGGAGUGUGAAUACCCCCCAUCGAAAGACGGGCGCAGCGCCGCGUGGCGGACCACCAGCGAGGAGAAGCGGGCGAUGGACCGAGCCAACGAGGAGAUGUGGACCGACUUCAGGCAGGCGGCCGAGGCCCACCGACAGGUGCGCUCCUACGUCAGGAGCUGGAUAAAACCGGGGAUGGCCAUGAUCGAUAUCUGCGAGAAGCUGGAGGAUUGCUCCAGGAGGCUCAUCAAGGAGGACGGGCUGAGUGCCGGCCUGGCGUUUCCGACGGGCUGCUCCAUCAACCACUGCGCUGCCCACUACACCCCCAACGCCGGAGACCCGACCGUGCUGCGCUACGACGACGUCUGCAAGAUCGACUUCGGCACGCACAUCAACGGUCGAAUAAUAGACUGCGCAUUCACCGUCACUUUCAAUCCAAAGUACGACAGACUGCUGGAGGCUGUGAGGGAUGCGACAAACACCGGCAUCAGGUGUGCAGGAAUCGAUGUGCGCCUGUGCGACGUCGGCGAGACCAUCCAGGAGGUUAUGGAGUCUUACGAAGUUGAGAUAGAUGGAAAAACGUAUCAAGUGAAGCCAGUCAGAAACCUGAACGGCCAUUCGAUUGGACAGUACAGGAUACACUCAGGGAAGACUGUUCCCAUCGUAAAAGGUGGCGAGGCGACCAGGAUGGAGGAAGGUGAAGCCUACGCCAUUGAGACGUUUGGCAGCACCGGACGAGGCGCGGUCCACGACGACAUGGAGUGCUCUCACUACAUGAAGAACUUUAACGUCGGACACGUGCCGAUAAGACUACCAAGGGCUAAACACCUGCUGAACGUGAUCAACGAAAACUUCGGCACACUGGCUUUCUGCCGCCGCUGGCUGGACCGCCUGGGUGAGAGCAAGUACCUGAUGGCGCUGAAGAACCUGUGCGACCUCGGCAUCAUAGACCCGUACCCACCUCUGUGCGACAUCAAGGGCAGCUACACCGCCCAGUACGAGCACACCAUCCUCCUCAGGCCCACCUGCAAGGAGGUAGUGAGCCGAGGAGACGACUAUUAAGGCAUGCAGCUAUGGAGACCCUCAGGUGAAACCCGGAGGAGCAUGGCAGCUGAGCGACGCCCAACGUCUCCAGACUGACAGCAGUUAUGCAGCAUCCCUCUGCCCCAACUUUCCACAGCUCCAGUCCCUUUAGGUGCAGCGUCUAGCAAAAGCAUUCAUGGCUCUCGGACUCGUUCGCGGUUUG